AUGGCGUCCUGUCGUGAGCAGUUACAAACCAGUGCUGGUGAUGCUCAAGUGUGCUGUGUGAGGAGGGAACCUUUGGGCUGGGACUUGAAGGAAGGGGAGGAGUUUGCCAGCCGGAGAAAGGGGGACGAGAGAGAAUACCAGGUGCACAGGGCCCUCAUCUUUGUGUCCCAUGGAGCCGGGGAGCACUGUGGCCGCUAUGACGAGCUGGCUCAGAUGCUGGUGGGGCUGGGGCUGCUGGUGUUCGCCCACGACCAUGUUGGCCACGGACAGAGCGAAGGAGACAGGAUGGUAGUGUCUGACUUCCAAGUUUUCAUCAGGGACGUGUUACAGCACGUGGAUACCAUGCAGAAAAACUACCCAGGGCUUCCUGUCUUCCUUCUGGGCCACUCCAUGGGAGGUGCCAUCGCUAUCCUCACGGCCGUGGAGAGGCCAAGCCACUUCUCCGGCAUGGUCCUCAUUUCGCCUUUGGUUCUUGCCAGUCCUGAGUCUGCAACAACUUUCAAGGUCUUUGCUGCGAAAGUUCUCAACCUUGUCCUGCCAAACAUGUCCCUGGGCCCAAUUGACUCCAGCAUGCUCUCUCGGAAUAAGACGGAGGUGAGUCUUUCUGAAAACCUGGGGGGACCAGCCCCGGUGGGAAACUGAGUGGUAGUUCCAUCC